AUGUCGGAAAAGAAAGAAGGCGGUUCUCUCGACUACGAGAAGACUGAUGUGCUUCAUGACGACUUGCCGCUUGAGUUGGCACCUGCGAUACUUGCCAACGAAAUCGCCCAAGAAGUUGAGAACCACCACUUCUCACCAUGGACAAAGUCUAUGUUCCAUCUCUAUGGCGUUCUGUUUGUAGCGUACUGCUGUGGUUGCCUCAACGGAUACGAUGGUAGCUUGAUGGGUGGCCUCAAUGGCAUGGAGUCGUACCAGCGCACGUUCAACAUGAAAUCCUCUGGUUCCGAUACUGGCAUUGUGUUCAUGAUCUACAACGUCGGUAGUGUUGCCGCAGCUCCCACUGUACCUUUCACCACGGAUAUCUUUGGCCGCCGAGCAGGCAUGAUCGUUGGUGCCAUCAUCAUCAUUAUCGGUACUUGUAUCCAAGCAACCGCUAAGGCUAUGCCUCAAUUCAUGGGCGGUCGCUUCUUGCUCGGUUUCGGUGUUUCUUACUGUUGUAUUGCCGCUCCGACCUACGUCAGCGAGCUUGCUCAUCCCAAGUGGAGAGGCACACUAACCGGCUUCUACAACUGCAUGUGGCCUGUCGGAGCCAUUAUCGCCGGAUGGGUAGUUUACGGCAGCGCUUACAUCGAAGGUGACGACGGUUGGAGAGUUCCCGUUUGGAUCCAGCUCGUCACCUCUGGAGUUGUUGCCAUCUUUGUCUAUUUCCUCCCUGAAUCGCCCCGAUGGUUGAUCGCCAACGACAGACACGAAGAAGCUGCCGCCAUCCUCGGCAAGUUCCACGGAGAGGGUUCUGUCGACCACCCCAUUGUUCAACUGCAGAUGAAGGAGAUGAUGGCUCAAAUUUCUUCCGAGGCUUCGGAAAAGCGAUGGUGGGACUACCGUGAUCUUUGGAGUUCACACAACGACCGUCGACGUCUUAUCUGCGUUCUCGGAAUGGCCAUUAUGGGUCAAGCAUCCGGUAACUCUCUUUCAAGCUACUACCUCGUCGCAAUGAUGAACACUGCUGGAAUCACGAACGAGAAGAAGGUCCUGGCUCUUAACGCUACCAACAGCGUCCUGGGUCUAGUCGGUUCUCUUAUUGGUGCCCGUCUGACAGAUAAAGUCGGUCGCCGACCUCUUCUUCUGUACAGUAUCGUCACGUGUUCAGCCAUUUUCGCAGUUAUCACAGGAACAUCAAAGAUGGCUGUUGACGACCCAUCCAACACAAAUGCAGCCAACACUACCAUCGCCUUUGUAUUCCUAUUUGGUGUCGUGUUUUCGCUAGGAUGGACUGCUCAGCAGAGUAUGUACAUUGCCGAAACCCUGCGAACCUCUACCCGAGCCAAGGGAACAGCUCUUGGGAACUUUGCAUCCAGCUGUAUUUCUCUCGUGCUGGCUUACUCAUCUGGACCUGCGUUUGAGAAGAUCGGUUACUACUUUUAUCUUGUCUUUGUGUUUUGGGACCUGGUGGAGGCUGUUUUCAUCUAUUUCUUCUUCCCUGAGACCAAGGAUCGAACGCUGGAGGAGCUCAGCGAGGUUUUCGAUGCUCCUAACCCUGUUAAGAAGUCUCUGGAACCCAGAAGUGAGGAAACUGUUCGGGCUACUAUGGGACAGGCUGGAGACAAGAUUGUUGAUGUAUAG